UUUCCGGAAGUCAGAAAUGUAAACAGAUUAAAAUGGACAUUCUUUUAGUAAAACUCUAUAUUUCACAUAUUUAUCAGGGUGUUUAGGUGUUUCUUUUAAUGACAGCUACAUAUUCAUCGAAGUUAAAUCCUCAGAAAAGUGGUUCCAAAACAAAAAUCAGAACAAAUCGUUAGAGAAGAAAAGACUUGAACAUUAAAACUCCAGCGUGAUUGUUUUGAUAAAUUUACAGUAACUUCACCAUGUGCGAAAGCAGUCAUUUUCCUAAACUCCAAAGUGCCAAGUUUGAGCCCCUAACUGGAGAUGGGGAAGUGGAGGUCAGUUACAGGAGUGGGGCCAGUUUUAAGGGUCAAGUUGAAGGUCACAGGAAGAAGGGUCGUGGGAUUUUCACGUGGCCAAAUGGGGACCGAUAUGAAGGGGAUUACCUUGACAAUGAAAGGGAAGGCCAAGGUGCCCAGCUAUGGGCGGAUGGAAGUCGCUAUGAGGGGGACUUCCACCGAGACUUGAGGCACGGCAAUGGCUGCCAUGUCUGGGCUAACAAAGAGGAAGAAAAUUGUUUCACCACAUACAAGGGGAGAUUUUUCCAAGACCGUCGUCAUGGUGAUGGAACAUACACAUGGUCUGAUGGCUCAUCUUUCUGUGGAAGGUUUUAUAUGGAUCGCAAGGAGGGUUAUGGGACAUUCAAGUUUGCCAAUGACAAUGUUUUUGAGGGCCUUUAUCAUGAAGACGAGAGAGCAGGCCCGGGGGUUUUGACCUACUCUGAUGGUUGUCAAGAUGUUGGUCUUUGGCGCGGAGAAAAACUCGUCAAAAUAUGCUCCCCAAUAACUGGGGCUUUUACCAUGUCUGAACAUAAAGAUUUUGAUUAUAAUCCUGCAGAGCAUGUGUAUUAUUUGGACAAGGAAGGUCCUAGUAGUCAAGAAGUGUUUCAUUCUACUUUAACCGAACCUGUGGUUUUAUACACCCCUGAUAAUAGGGUAACGGAAAAAGUUAGCAGUAUAUUUAAUAUUGCGUUAGAUCCAAGAAGCUUAGCAGUAAAUAAAGAGGCCUUUGAUCGGGAAUUUUAUCUGGAAUCAGAAAAAGAGACAAAUAUUUCUUCAGAAAAAGUUAGACUUUGGAAUAGAACACCGUCUGUUAUUGCAUUGCAGAGGCAUUUUUGUAAACACGAAUAUGGCAAAAAAAGUGUAACGUGUAAUGUUGAUAGUAUAAUAUGCGGUGAUCGAAGCAAAUUUAAGAGCAAAGGGCCACUGGAGAGUGCUUCGGAAGAGCUAAUUCAGGCUGCAACUGACGGUAACGUGAACAAAGUUGAAGAUCUCCUAACUUCCAACAAAGUAUCUCCUGAUGUGGCAGAUAGCAAUGGACACACAGCACUUAUUGGUGCCUCAGUAAACUGGCAGAUGGAAGUUAUCAACUGUUUACUCAACCAUGGAGCUGACGUUAACAAACUCUCAGAUGAAGGUUGCUCCGCCCUCUCUGCGGGAUGUAUUUUCUUUUAUCCCAAAGAAAGCUUCAAGUAUAAUAUAGCAGAAAGGUACCUAGAGGAACCCAAAGAAAAGAAAAUGAAGCACAAGGAAGAGAAAUCAAAGGGGCAUAAGCAAGAACAACAACAACAUCAGCAAACUAGUCAAGCGCCGGCUACGCCAAGAGGCAUACUAAGCAAGAAAAAUAGUACCAGUCAAGGAAAAACUGUGUCUCAAAAAGACAAUGAAAGUGGCGAAACAGAGAAACAAAAGAAAAAUAUUCAAAAUGUAAAACAGCAGGUACGCAUUGAAGAAAAUGUGAAUAACAAUCAAGAUUCCACCGUUAUACUCAGCAAUGGCCAAGGAGAUGGGGAGGAAUUUGAUUCAAACCUGAGCAUGAAAUAUUACCAGAUUGAGGUCUCCGAGCAGCUGAUCGAACGAUGUGCGACCCAGCUGAGCAUGAAUGAGAAAGUGGUAGGAGGUCAGCGGGGACACAGUAGUGCUGAUCUGGGCACUGCCAGGCAUCUGGCUGUAAUAAAGAAUGAACGUGAGAGAAUGAAACAUACCCUGGACCUACUACUAAAGCGAGGUGCAGACCCGAAUGCCUCAGGAGUACCCAUGCCAGUGCUAUUCUUCGCAAUCAAGGCGGCUGACGUAUCCAUGGUGAAGGCUCUGUUGGAAAAAGAGGCUUCUACCUCAAUAAGACUACCUAAAGAGACAACAGGUGUGGACGGAGGAGCGGUCAAGAAGGGAGCCCUGGCACCCCUGCAUAUUGCUGCUGCUAUCCCUGGGGAGGAGGGUGUGGCUAUAUUGGAGCUGCUGCUUGCUGCUGGGGCUGACCCUGAUGUCCGGGCUGAGGUGGACGACGCCUUCCUGGAUAGAACACUGAUGGAAGAAUGGAAUAAAGACGUGAUCCCAGUGGAGAGUCAGGAGUUGUUGGGUGGGCGGACACCUCUACACAUUGCCUGCGCAAGGGAUGAUAAUUAUAAGAACAUCACGAGGGUGGUUAAUCUACUUUUACAACAUGGGGCCAACACCAGUCUCCUGUGUAAUGGGUUCUCUCCCCUUGCACUGUGUAUUGCCAGUGGAAACGAUAUGGCUAUAGAUGAGUUAUUAGUGUUUGGUAAAGAUGUCAGCCUCCCGUUGACCCAUGGAGUGGGCAGUGCUCUGUGUGCAGCUACCAACACUGCGUACGAAUAUCGGAGACCCAUGUCAGCUCGGAUACACCUGAUUGACAAACUGGUGAGAGCCAGAGCCAAUGUGCUGGCGCCCAUCGCAAUAGGGCCAAAACGUAACUUGGGAACCGUGGUGGACUACGCUUAUUACAUGUUCAAUCAGGACACCCAUAUAGCAAAGACGCCAUACCAUGCUUUGACACAUGCUGAACGAGAGACAUUCAUUAAUCGGAAAAAGUUGUUGGAGCACAUCGGUGACAUUAUGCGGGACAAAGCUGUUGAGCGAGAAAAACGCCGACUGGAUGAUGAAGAGAGGGUCGGAAUCAGAAGUGCUAGCCCCAGCAGUGGUUUUGUGUACAUAGGGGCCGGUGCCCAGCUGCCACCAGAUGCCAAGAAGCCAAGGUCACUACGGGCCCAGCCCCAGCCUGCCCCUGUGGAGAGCCCUAUGGUAAAGUUUGAGGGGCCACAGAGGGGCUCCACACCAAAAGAACUGGCAGAACAGGAGGGACACAGGGGUGCAAGCUAUGAUGUAGAUACAGUUUUUGAGAAGUGGAUUUAUGUGAAAGUGGUUCCCCCUAUGUUUGUUAAGAUUAGGAAGCCACUGUUCAAGUACUGUUACCAGUGCGGAAGGUCGGUGUUUAUUCGCCUGGCAGCGUGCACACGGUGUAAGGAGGUCUACUACUGUAGCAAGGUCUGCAAAUUGAAGGCCUGGAAUCUUCGACAUAAGGAGGAGUGCAUCAGAGUUGGAGGUCGUUCUCGAAGCCCAAGCCCAAGGCAGAGAUGUGACAGCCCAACCCCUGCAACACACCCUGACAAGGGACGCAGAACCACGGUGGCUGAACUGAGCAAAGAUAAACAUGGUCAACGAGCACAGUCUGCACCACUUUCAGAUAAUAGCAUUCGCAGUCACCACGGAAACACAAGUCGCAUCAAAUCAGGUCAUGUGACUUUGCAAGGUCAUCCAAGCAGGUUGAAUUUGACCUCUGAAGGUCAAAAGUCAAAGAGACCAACAACAGCUAGCACAAUCACAAGCCAGUCUGUUAAAAGUGUUGAGGCAGCACAUAAGGCGUUAAUUCUGAGCGCAAAAGCUGUGAAAAAAGAUGUCCCCUUAACAACAGAAGAUGGCAGAUACCUCGACAACUACAGUUUUGUUUGACAAAAGAUUCUCGAUUGUGGGUUUCAUUAUUCACCGAGGAUCACACUGGUUGUCUCCCAUGUAAUGGCAUAUGACAUGUGAUUGCUGAUGUAGUAACAUGUAUUGUUGAUUUGUGUUGCAUUGUAUAUGUAUGUGUUUCUGUUUUAUAUUGUUAUUAUUGAUUUGUAUGUUUGUGCAUCUCUAUAACUGUUUUAUUUUUAAUGAUUUAUUUUAUUGUUAUAGAAAUUUAGCUGUUGCGCACAUGUUAUGUUGCACUUCUUUUGUAAUAACUUGAUUUAUUACAAGUAUUAUGUUAUCAAAACAAUGCAUUAGGUACAAAAUAUAUUUUAGCCUAUGCACACAUGUUCUGUUGCACUUCUUUUAUAUUAACUUGAUAAAGUAUGAGUGUUUUGACCACCAUUUGUUUAAUCAAAACAAUGUGAUAAAAAAUAUAGAAAAAAAGAUGUCAAGGAAUGUCAUAGUCUUCAGGUCUUGUUGUAUUUCGGUGGCAACAUUGUGCAAAAACCUUGCAGUCAUUACUUUAUAGCUGAACAAGAUAGAAGUUUAAGAUGGUCAAAUAAAAAGUGUAUAGUAAGGCCCAUCACUCUGACUUUAAAAUGGUGGAAUAAUGCCCCUUAUUUGACUGAAAUAUACUACAAAGGAGCUUUGGCAAAAUUGUUUUAAACAAGGGGUUUUAAUUUGUUGUAUUUUUGACUAUUGUUUACGCAUUUUACAAAAUAUUUUAUUUCCUUUGAUUUUCUAAGUUGAUGUUAUUCCACAUUCCUAUGGACAUUUAUAAUUAUAGCUACCUUUUAACUUGCAUUAUAAGUGUUUGUGCCUUUAGAAAAUUGUGAUUUUAAAAACUGCUGAAUUUAUGUUUACAUUCUGCUUACUAACUUAAUUGUCAAUCAGUAUCCUUACUGAGCCUGUAGUUGAGACAUUUUACAAUCACUGUUGGCUUUAUUUAUGUUAACAUUUUACAUGUAUAUAUAUUUUUGUGAUAUAUUUUUCUACAUUAAUUAUUUUACUUUAAGGAUACUUUUACAUUUGUUUGUUAUCUCUGUUUGUUUGUUUUUACAUUUGUAAUGAUUGGCUUACACAAUUUAGAUAACCAUUACAAUGUAUGUACAUUGUAUAUUGAAGUUGUGAUAGUGAAAGAUUUUAGUUUAUGAAGAAUGAAACCGCUGUAACAAUGCCAAAUGAUUUAGUUCUUAAUAUAUUUUGUUUUUUAUGUCAUUACGACAGCCAUCUUGUGAAAUUACAUAACAUGUAAUUUCAUUUUGUUGAUACAAAACAAUAGCACAUGUUUGGAUCACUUAAAAUCUUGGACAUAAUAGUUUCGCUAGGCCACAGAGCAACUAAGGCACACGAAACUGCCAUGCAUGUUUUAGGGUUUAAUUCAAAUGACUUUACAGCUUUUACCAAUGCCAAUUCUUUUGUUAGAAAACAUAUUAUUUAAUAAUCCAAAUUUGAAGCUAUUAAUAUUUCUGAAAGAUAUAAUAUUCUUGAUAACGCCUGUAACUAUGCUACGGGUCUUGUUAUCCAUACUUGCAUACUUAUUCCUUUCCCAAAUCUCUUCAUUUAUAGACAUUUCGUUUGUCAGUAUAAUCUGUUUUUGUAUGGAUAUUUAUUUAUUUGCAGUAGAAUAAAAUUAAAUAUAUAUACAUUAA